AUGAGAGCCUUCCUCAAGUUUUUUGUUGUCCUUGGCCUCUUGGCUAUGGCGACCAGGACUGUCGCCCAAGACGUUGAAGAGGCGAAGCUGACGGGUGAAGAAGAAAAGCCGGAUACUCUGAACACUGACGACGGAACUGUUGCGCUAGCUGGUGCUAAGGAGGAUGCACAAGGCACCAAAGAUGAUAAAGUCAACGACGCAGACGAUGGAGAGGCAAAGGACCAUGAAAGUGACAGGAAAGACGAUGGAGAGGCAAAGGACCAUGAAAGUGGCAGGAAAGACGAUGGAGAGGCAAAGGACCACGACGAUGACAGAAAAGACGAUGGGAAACAUGCCAAUGAUGAUGAGCACUCUUCACAUAACGUCACAUUUAUUGAAUGUGACUGCAAGAAGAAUCGCGUGCGCGGUACUGGCGAGCGUUGUUCUUGUGCGGACCUUUUCAGGGAUGUCAUGCGCCACACCCUUAUGCCCUGGGAAGACUUUCCUGGAUUCUUUCCCCCACAUAGGCCAGGAGUUAGUUUGAUGCAACCACGUCUCUCGGGUCGUCAACGACUUCUAGGCAUUCGAGGCGGCUUUUACGGCGGAUACUACCCCGGCUAUGGCUAUGGAUAUCCUGGGUACGGCUAUGGAUAUCCCGGCUAUGGCUUCGGCUAUCCCGGAUAUGGCCUCGGAUAUCCCGGCUACGGUUUCGGUGGAUUUGGUCCUGGAAUUGGUGUAGGUAUCGCUUUCUAA